AUGGGGGCGGCGGCGGCCGAGGCGGAUCGGACUCUCUUCGUGGGGAACCUGGACCCCAAAGUCACCGAGGAGCUCAUCUUCGAGCUAUUCCACCAGGCGGGUCCGGUUAUCAAGGUUAAGAUCCCGAAGGACAGAGACGGCAGACCCAAGCAGUUUGCUUUUGUGAACUUCAAACACGAAGAAUCCGUCCCGUAUGGCCUGAGCCUGCUCAAUGGCAUCAAGCUAUUCGGGAGACCCAUCAAAAUCCAGUUCCGAUCAGGGAGCAGUCACGCAUCUCAGGAUGGCAGUGCAGCCGGUUCCCUGCACGGAGCUGCUGGCACCAGCCCGUCCGGCACACCGCACCUGGCCCCGAACUGCAGCAGGUAGGGGUACGACAGCAUGGCAGCAGCAGGCUUCUCAUCGGUGCAGCGGUGCCUGCCCUUGGCUGACAACCUACAGAGACAAGCACCCCACUUCGGGGGCAAGUAUGAGCUGCCCGGCUAUGCCCCGCCCAGCUAUCAGCACCCUCCUCAUGCCUUCCACCCCCCGGCAGCCCUGUCGGUGCCACGGCGCCCGGAGCCACCAGCCGCACGCAAGGUCCGGCUGAGCGCCCACCCCUACCAUGCCGAGGGUCGGCACUUUGGCCGCGAGCGUUUCGGGGAGCGAGGCUUUGACGAGCGCGGCCAUCAUGAGCCCGAGCACCACUACCGUGGUGGCAGAGACGAGCCUGCCUACGAUGACCGGCACCGCGAGGGCUGGAGCCACGACUACGACUACCGGAGGGAGAGCUACCGGGAGGGCAGGUGGCACCCGUCCCGGCACUGACACAAGUCUCUGUUGGCACACGUGGUGCUGCCGCCUUGUCCAUGUUGUAAAGGACUCAAUGGCAAAAAAAAGUUCAACCUGUUUCUUGAUGUGUUCCAAAACAAAAAAAGGGCCCCCAGACCCAUCCCAGUUACCGUUUAAUGUUUGUAAACUACCAGCAGCACAGGGCCCCAAACCUCUUGAACGAGUUCACACCUCAGGGCCUUUUGUAGGGGGAAAAAAAAGAGAGUUCAGAGCAGUGGUCACCGAUGGCUGCCCCACAGUGCAGCAGCCCCUGCUGUGCCUGUUGCGC